AUGUACCUGCUUAGAUUUAUUACUGUAUUUUCCCUGGCUACUUCAGUUAGCCUCGCGGCCGUCAUCGACACUGAAGGCCUCCCGGAUACUGGCCUUGACACCAGUUCGUGGACUACAGGCGAAGCUCCACCGCUGAAGGAUAUUUUGAAUCUUCAUGAUAUACAGUUGGCGGCCAAAAAUACUCUCAGCAAGACUUCUUACGGUAAUCAAGGCUUCCCCAAUUCAUAUUACAGAUCUAACCUUAUGCGUAUGUUUCAAGCAUUCUUCCGUACGGGAGCAUUGGACGAGACGACUUAUUACUCUAAUUUGAAUAUCUGGAAAAAUAUCAAGCUCAAGUCGCGCGCUUUCCGAAACGUCGCAACCGUUAAUACUGAAACUACGAUCCUCGGGCAUAAAUUUGCACAACCCUUUUUCAUCACCUCUGCCGGAUUAGCUGGGCUGUCCGAUCCCGUCAACGGCGAGCUCAACUUUGUGAGGUCAGCCGCAAAGACUGGUAUAUUGUAUGCGUCUAGCAUAGCUUCCAAUAAGACCACUGCUGAGAUCGGUGCUGCUGCGGCAAAUAACCAAACACUUUUCCGCCAGUUAUAUCCAUGGUCAAACGUAACUCGUCUAGAAAAUGACAUAAAAGAAAUCGAGGAAGCUGGAUUUAAAGCCAUUCUGCUAACAGUCGAUAACCCCACCGAAGAAGGUAUCAGGACCAGGUCACGCAGAGCGGAUGGCCCUGAUAGCACUAAUACCCAUGCGCAAGACUUUGACCUCGCGGCUCUGUUGGCUCUGCAAAACCAAACCUCUUUGCCUAUUAUUCCUAAAGGAAUAAGCAAUUGGCAAGACGCUGCCCUUUUACAUACUCUUGGCUUCCCAGCGAUAUACAUAUCAAACCACGGUGGGCGUCUCAUCGAUGGCCAGCAAACCGCCGUCGAAGUCCUGCUUGACUUAAGGAAGAAUGCACCCGAGGUCUUGGACGACGGGAAGAUGGAGAUAUAUGCGGAUGGAGGAGUCAGACACGGCACAGACGUGAUCAAACUUUUGGCUCUUGGGGCAAGGGCCGUUGGCUUGGGACGCUCGUAA